AUGUCUUCGAGCCAGCCACCCGGUGCACCAACACCACCGAUCGAUCCCGAGUGGGCCGCAGAGAGCAACACCGCCAUGAUUGUUGGUGUUACGGGGGGAUUCCACGCUCUAGCCUUGCUUUUCGUUGCUCUGCGAGUCUACACUCGCAUGGCCAUAGUCAAGGUCAUGGGAAGAGAUGACUAUGUCAUGGUAGUUGCUAUGCUCUGUGCAGUGGCGGGCAUGACGAUAUUUUCAGUACAGGCGUUCCAUGGGCUUGGAAGGCAUACAAUCGUCAUUCCUGAAGAUGACAUGAUUAUUAUGCGAAAGUCGAGCUUUUUCCAGUCCAUCAUUUCCUCCAUCGCGGGCUUGGCUCUGCUGAAGGUCUCGAUCGGCCUAUUUUUGUUACGACUCAGUCGCAGUACUUGGUACUCUCGAUGCUUAUGGGGAUUGAUUGUUUUCGUAUCAGCUUACAGCAUCAUGGCUUGGAUGACCUUUUUCUUCUAUUGCCAGCCAUUAGAAGGAUACUGGGACAAGAGUAUCAAACCCAAGUGCUACCCGAUUACUCUUUUCAUCAAUUUCGCCCUUAUGAACACAGCUUUCAACAUAUUCACCGAUGUCUGCUUUGCGACUCUACCCGUAACCAUCAUCUGGACUCUCCAGAUGAAACUUCGAACCCGAAUUUACUUGAUCAUUGUAUUGAGUCUCGGCUACUUUGCCGUUGCUAUGGGCGUCAUCAAAUCAAUCUACCAGAUUGCCUACGGGAAAGAUAUGGAUAAGACUUUCCACCAAAGUAUUCAAUUUUGGGAGUUCCUCCAGCUUAACCUCGGAAUCAUCGCCGCAUGCGCCCCAUCCCUCAAGCCUCUCGUCGGCCACGCCCUCAAAAUAUCAUCCAGCGACCGAUACCAUGGUGAGCUAUACGAAAACCGGAGGCCGACUGGAACAAACACAUCGAUGCGUCGUCGAGGGUACAGGGUACAGGACAGCCAGCGAGACUAUGAGAUGCAUGAUCGUCCGUUUGCUGGGUCUCCAGAUGCACACCAUGCCGGUGUUGGAAACAGUACUCACAGCGCAGUCUACGACAAAGGUGGUACUAGUGUCUCUCGAUCCGAUAGUGAGGAGAUGAUUCUUAGGGACGAUAAAGGCCAGGGAAUCAUGCGGACAACAGAAAUCUCGAUUCAACGAUAA